AUGGGGAACGAGUGUGGGGAUAGGUGGAUGAAUAAGGAAAGGUUCAUCUCUCACUCUUUCCUCAGUUUCUCUCCGCACCUAAUUGUGCUCUCUUCUUUUGGGUGCUUCCUUUCCUUCUAUUAACUCUUCCCUUUCCAUUUCUAUACACAAGGUUACCAGAUUUCUGGGAUUUUGCCAAUUUGGUCUACUCUGGAAGCCCCUUCUACUACUUUGAAUUCUAAGUUGCUUUUCCAGCUGCUUUCUAGUUGUUAAAGUCUUGUUUUCCAAGGCUCACUUUUUCUGGACAUCUGUUACACAUUGACCAGAAAGCAUUGUAUAUUGUUUCAAUAUCCUACUAGAGAGAAUGGUGAGAGGAAAGACUCAGAUGAAGCGCAUAGAGAACGCCACAAGCAGGCAAGUGACCUUCUCAAAGCGGCGUAGCGGGCUUCUGAAGAAGGCCUUUGAGCUUUCUGUGCUUUGUGAGGCUGAGGUAGCUCUCAUCAUCUUCUCUCCAAGAGGAAAGCUUUAUGAAUUUGCAAGCUCCAGCAUGCUGGAGACAAUUGAACGCUACCGCAGGCAUACCAGGAGUGCCCAACCAGUACCAAGAACAGAUGAACAAAAUAUGCAGAAUUUGAAGCUAGAAACAGCAAGCUUGAUGAAGAAGAUUGAGCUCCUUGAAGCUUCAAAAAGGGCACUUUUGGGAGAGGGCUUGGGGUCAUGCUCCUUAGAAGAACUGCAACAGAUAGAACAACAGUUAGAAAAGAGUGUAAACACUGUCCGUUCAAAAAAGAGUCAGGUUUACAAUGAACAAAUUGAGCAACUAAAAGAGAAGGAAAAAGUCCUACUUGCUGAAAAUGCCAGACUCACUGAGCAGUAUGGUAGCCAGCCACAGCCAGCAACAAAUGAACAGAGGGAAAAUCAAUCCUAUGCUGAAAGCAGUCCAAGUUCAGAUGUAGAAACUGAAUUGUUCAUUGGACUACAUAGGUCUAGUUUAAGAUGAUUCAAUUUAUCCUUUGCUUAUGCAAGUAUAAAAUAAGUUCAAGCCAAUGUCUCUAAUAUAUGAUAUCAGGUAUAUUUUUCUUAAUGAUCUAUGUCCUAUGAUGAAUAAUAUUGAGGCCUAUAUUACAUUAUGAACUUUCAUUAGUCGUAUGGCUAGGGUUUAAUAUAAACGUCUUUCCUCUGAA